AUGAAAGCUCCCAAGGUUCUUGCAGACAUCGUCGAAUCCAUAGCAGCUGCUGUCUAUGCCGACGUGGGAUUCAAUCUCGAAACGCUCUGGAAGAUAUUCAGAGGUAUUUUGGAACCCAUUGUAACACUCGAACAUCUGGAGCGCCAGCCACAACCGGUCACAAGACUGUUUGACCUCUGCCAAAAGCAGGGGAAGCACAUCGACAUCAAGUACUGGCGAAGUGGGACGAAGACCGUUGCUAGCAUCUUCGUCGAUGGAAGUUUUGUCGUGUCGGACUCAUCGGAUUAUAAAGAGAUUGCCAAGCUUGAUGCUUGCAGGAAAGCCUUCGACAUCGUGGUAUCGGAGCUGCCAAGUACUGAUUCUAGUACUCUUGCAGCUGGAAGCAGUGACUAUGAUGGGUCGACGCUUACGAUACAGGACCCGAAACAGAAGCUCAAUGAGAUGUGCAUCAAGCAGAAAUGGCCGAAACCGUGUUACUGCAUUAUGAUAGAGGAAGGUCGUCCGCACGAGAAGAUUUAUGUCUCGGCGGUUGAAGUUACGACUCCGGAUGGAAUGCUGUACAUCCCGGGAGAUGCCAAGAGUAGAGUCAAGGACGCAGAAACUUCUGCGGCUACAUUCAUGCUGCACGUUUUGCAGCACAGUAAGAUUAGCUGAAGAACUUUUGAGACGCGAAGCAAGGCGGAGUGGGAAGCUAAUCUUAAUGGCGUGGUUGUGGUGCAAAAGCUGCAAGCGGAAAGGCGAAGAUAAAAGGAUGAGCUAGUAGUGAUAGCUUGUAGUCUAAGGCAUGCAGUAGCUGCCACCAUUUUCACCAUGUUUGUCUGUGACACAGAAGAUUGCUUUUACGCUCUGUUACCAGAUACUGGUGUUUGUGUAUUAAAACAGAUGAUCAAGUAAUGUUAUGAUAGGUCAAGUAAGCUCGAGAUAAGCUAUGCUACAUGAGUGCGAGCCAUAGCUAGUAGAAAGAAUUCCUCGACAGCAAGGUCUGCAAUUUGCAACCUCCGUCAAGCUAGGAAUUGGAUGGGCAGACAAAACAGGUACUGCUACUGAUAAGAACGGCAACCAAAUUACAGCUACAAAGUCGAUGGAAGUGUUGUUAACGUUACAUUUUACACUUUUUUCAUACACUAAGCAGACGACAGCUACG